GAGGCGUGUGCGUGGUGGGGUCCUUCCGCGGAGCCUGCCGAUAGCACUGCCUGAACAGAAACGUGAGAUCCUUCGCUCGUCCUGGGCUCCCUUCCCUCAGAAACACCUCGGCGCCCGUUCUCGCAUCCGCGUCUUGGUUUAGCAACGCCGCCUGGUGCUACGGCUAGGCGGGAACCACCGCGGAGAGACGCCGCGCCGCUCAGGCACGGCGGCGGGUCAGCCCGAGAGACGCCGGGUGAGGGGUCAGGCCCGGAACCUGCUCCUCCCUCCCUCCCCGCCCGGACAUGCCAACCCGGCAGCCGGCGGCGCAGCAGCGUGCGAGCCGUGUUCCCCGCCCGUGUCCCGCCGCAGGAUGGAGUUCGAGCUCCUGGAGAGCGACGUGCUGGAGUCGCUGGAGGACCUGGGUUACAAAGGUCCAUUGUUAGAUGACGGAGCGCUGGCUCAGGCAGUCUCUCGUGGAGCCAGUUCCCCUGAAUUCACCAAACUCUGUGCUUGGUUGGUGUCUGAGUUACGGCUGUUCUGUAAACUAGAGGAAAAUGUGCAGGCAACUAACAGUCCAAACGAAGCAGAAGAAUUUCAACUUGAAAUGAGUGGGUUGCUGGCUGAAAUGAACUGUCCAUAUGCAUCAUUAACAUCAGGAGAUGUGACAAAACGCCUUCAUAAUCAAAAGAACUGUCUCUUGCUGCUUACGUACCUCAUCUCAGAACUGGAAGCUGCCAGAAUGCUGUGUGUGAAUGCCCCUCCUAAAAAAGCACAGGAAGGAGGUGGCAGUGAAGUCUUUCAGGAGCUAAAAGGCAUAUGUAUUGCUUUAGGCAUGUCCAAGCCUCCAGCCAACAUAACGAUGUUCCAGUUCUUCAGUGGGAUUGAAAAAAAACUGAAGGAAACCCUAGCAAAGGUUCCACCUAAUCAUGUUGGAAAGCCUUUAUUAAAGAAACAGCUGGGACCAGCUCACUGGGAAAAAAUUGAAGCAAUUAAUCAAGCCAUAGUCAACGAGUAUGAAGUCCGAAGAAAACUGUUAGUCAAACGCUUGGAUGUCACUGUGCAGUCCUUUGGCUGGUCAGAUAGAGCUAAGAGUCAAACAGAAAAACUGGCUAAAGUCUACCAGCCAAAACGUGCCCUCUUAUCUACUAAGUGCACUAUUUCCGUUGCAAAUCUCUUGGCAGCUCGGCAGGAUCUGUCAAAGAUUAUGAGAACAAGCAGUGGGUCCAUCCGAGAGAAGACCGCAUGUGCCAUUAAUAAGGUGCUAAUGGGCAGAGUGCCUGACAGAGGAGGAAGACCCAAUGAAAUUGAACCACCGCCUCCUGAGAUGCCACCAUGGCAGAAAAGACCAGAGGCUGGUCCACAACAAGGCGGUGGCAGAGGAGGAAGAGGUGGCUAUGAAUCCUCAUAUGGAGGGCGAGGAGGUUAUGACCAUGGGGGUCACGACCGAGGAGGAAGAGGAGGCUAUGACUCAUCAUAUGGAGGGCGAGGAGGUCACGAACAAGGAAGCCAUGAUCGAGGGGGACGAGGAGGACGUGGUGGUUAUGAUCAUGGUGGCAGAGGAGGCGGAAGAGGAAACAAGCUUCAAGGGGGUUGGACAGAUGGUGGAGGUGGUGGCUACCAGGAUGGCAGCUACAGGGAGAGCAACUACAGAGAUGCAGGUUUUCAAACAGGUGGCUACCAUGGUGGCGGCGGUGGUGGUGGCUACCAAGGAGGAGGCUAUGGCGGCUACCAGUCAUCUUCAUAUUCAGGAAGUGGCUACCAAGGGGGUGGUGGUGGUGGCUACCAGCAAGACAACAGAUAUCAAGAUGGUGGGCCCCACAGUGACCGAGGGGGUGGGCGUGGAGGAGGGAGGGGUGGCCGUGGAGGUCGUGGUGGCCGUGGAGGUCAAGGAGGAGGCUGGGGGGGCAGAGGUGGACAAAACUUUAAUCAAGGGGGGCAGUUUGAGCAGCACUUCCAGCAUGGAGGUUAUCAGUAUAAUCAAUCUGGUUUUGGACAAGGAAGACACUUCACAAGCUGAGGCUGCUAAAAACUUUCGCUUCAGCAGAGCUCACAUAAUGGAAACCUGGUUUCAGAGGCCUGGCUUGAUCACUGCUUGAAUUAAUACAGGUUUGUACGUGGCAGGUGGCAGUUCUUUGGGUGGGAUGUUUUGCACUGAGCAAAGUACAACUUUCUAUAGACCUCUCUCCCCACCCUGCCAACCUGUCCGAAUCAAAUGCAUCAUCACUACCCACUGCACUCUAAACAUCAACUAAUAGCCAUGCUUUGUAGAUGUUGGACAGGUUCCCUCUGCUCAGAACACUUUUGUUCUGAAACUACCUUGUGUGUUUGCCUUCCACUUUGAUUUGGAGAAAUGUCAAGACCUGUCUGGUCAAAUUGGUCUAUUACAGUACACAGUAGAACGGCAUUUUUCCAUCUAAUCUUUGUUCAGUUGUGUUUUCUAAAACCAGUUCUGAGUAUUGCUUCCUGGCCUCUCGUUUUAGUCAUGAAGGUGUUACAUCUGUGUGCAUGCAUGCACAGUGAACUGCCUCUGACAAACAGGUUUUUUGUCUUUUAUAUGAGCUCUACUGUGGAUGCCGUGUUCGGUAGCCUUAUCUCCCGCUAAACAAAGUUCUCCCACCUGCUCAACUCUGAAGACUGACUGACGCCAAAAUCUGCAAAGAUCAUUUAAAACGAAGCUAAAUCGUGAACUGAGUGUGUGUGUAGGCCUGUAGGUAGGUGUAGCAAUUCAAACUGACCUGCAUCCAUCCAAAACAAGUUGCUCCUCCUCCAAACCUAAUUUUUACUUGAAAUCAGCUAGAAAAAAUGACAAAAUGAGAUUUAUUUUUAUUUGCAAGUUAAUACCAUUGGCUCAGCAAAUCUAGGGCAAUUUGUUUUGGGGGUUGUAUUUUUAAAGAAAUGCACUACGGCCUGGAAAGACUAAUUCCUGCCUGGAGAAAGCCCUUUUAUUAUUGCUGCAGAAAACAAAGCCUGGCUGAGUUUGAUGUUCUGAUUUACUUUUUUUUCUUUACUGAAAGACACAUAACGCUUCUUGCUGGGUUUUUUGUGUACAUAAACAUUGUCAAGCUGUGAAAGAAAAUGGCUGAAGGUGUGCUGUUGUAUAAAAGGUGAGCAAUAAAAGUAUCUCUAUGUUC